UUUUAUAAUGACAGAAUUUACUAAAAAGUUACUGUCCCCGUGCAACACAGAUUCAGUUUUGCUCAUUUUUUUUGCGAGUGAAUAACAAAAUUAAUUAAUUUAAAUGGAAGAAAGGAUAUGUCGGGUAUGCUUAUCAUCCGAAAGUGUUAAUAAGUUUAUAAGUGUAUUUGAAAAUAAGCUGGCAUUAAAGAUAUUCCUUGUGACUAGUGUAAAAAUAAUCGAGCUACAAAAUAUACCAGCAUUAAUAUGUAAAUCAUGUGAAAUUGAAGUGUAUCAGUGCAUCAAUUUUAGAAGAAAGAUCCAAACGUCUCAGGAAUAUUUCGAUAAUAAACUGCCGUGCAUCGAAACGUUCGUUGAAACGUAUUUUGAGAAUGUAGAAGUAAUAGACAAUAACGUCUUAGAAUUAAGUGCCAAAGAAGAAAUAAUUGAGGAAUAUUUGGAAUUUCCAGAAGAAGAAAAUGUUGUUGAGCAGAUUGUUGAAAAAAGUCCAAGAGAGACUAGCAUUGCAAGUAACGAGAUUCCAAUAAGAAGAUUGUCAUGCCGUUAUUGCGGUUUAAAAUUGUCAAGAAGACAGCGACUUAUACAGCAUGAAAGACUGCAUUUUUUGGAAACAGCCACUAAAUAUACCUGUGAUAAAUGCGGCAAAAACUUUAAUCAGCGAUUUGGCUUGGUUCCGCAUUUUAAAAAGCAUCACGGAUAUAGAAUAGACAAGUUUAAAGAAAGAUGGAAGUGUGCAAUAUGCAAAGAUAAAAUACUUGCUCCAGGAAACUUGGAAGUUCAUUAUCAUAAGCUUCAUAAAGAGUUUUUUGGAUCGAAUGUGAACGAAAAAGCUGCUCAGACAAGUAAGAAUUCACUAAAUAAUAAGUCAAAGAAAGAGCCUUCAAAGAAACUGAUGAGAAAGGAUUUGAGGAAGCCAAAGACUUUUUUUCCAUGUGAAAUUUGCGGAAAUAGCUUUACAAGUUCAACAAGAUAUCACAAACAUUUGAAUCACGUUCAUGGCAUAAGAGAACAGGAAGAAGAAAAACUUUUAAACGGUGAGUCAGAUCUUUUGUCAAUACAGCACAUAGAUGACCAAAAAAAGCAUAUUCCAUGCUCAACGUGCGGGAAAUUGUUCACUAGCCUAAACACUUGCAAGACUCACGAAAAAAUACAUUCUGGGUUGCAAUACAUUUGUGAUUUGUGUGGAUCAUACUUUUCAAUGAAACCUUACUUAACAUCGCAUGUUCAGAAAGUUCAUCUCAAACUAAAAAGAUUCAAGUGCAGCAUGUGUAAUAAGAGCUUUAUACACAGGGAACUACUCAACUAUCACAUCAAGAAGCAUCUAAAUAUACGUAAUUAUUCAUGUCAAUUCUGUCAGAAGACUUUUGUCAGAAAGGCUUGUGCCUUGAUACACGAAAGAAUCCACAAAAAUGAGCGUCCGUUUUCGUAAGUACAAAGCUUAAGAUAUGAUUAUUAAAUCAGGGGACAUUCACUAAUAUCUAGGUUUUGUGGAAAACAGCUGUUUUGAAAAACAGUCUGUUUUCGGUUUUUGAUUUUUAAAAACAGCUGUUUUCCUGUUUUUCUAGAAUUCAAAAUAAACUGAGUUAUCCUAAGUGUUUCUCUAAGAUAAUGAAACUUUUUGGUGGUUAUAAGCAGUUAAGCAUACAUUUUAGAGCUAAGC